AUGUUAUGCCUUUCUGGACUCCUCGUGUUUCCAUUUCUUGUCGCCGAAGCGGUUUGUGCCGGAGACGCUACCGUACACCUACGAGUUCAGUUGAUCGCGGCCACUUUUGUAAGCUGUGGUUUCGCCACUAUCUUACAAACAACGUUCGGGUUACGAUUAUGCGUGCUUCACGGUCCGGCACUAGCGUUUCUGCCACCUCUUUUAGCUUAUAAAGCUGACUGUCUGUUCACAGAGGACGACACCGUAUCCGGAAGUUUAUUCAUUGCCUGUAUUUCAUUUCUGGUGAUUGGUGGUACGGGAUUGGCCGGUGUUGUGGCUAAAUUGAUUGGACCAAUCACGAUCGUUCCACUGAUGAUCUUACUCACAGCAAGCAUUGUUCCAACAAUUGAAAGUAAAUUAUCUCUUCAUUGGAUUUCGCUGGUUAUGCUUGCGUGUGUCGUGACUAUGGCAGUCUACUUAGAGCACCUUCAAGUACCGAUUCCUUAUUAUUCAUUUAAUAAAAAGCGAGUUAUCACAGCGAAAAUCCGACUUUUCGGGCAAUUUCCAUACCUAAUGAGCAUUUUGUUUGUGUGGUUCAUUUGUUAUCUGUUGACAAUCACUGGAGCUGAACCUGUCGAUGGACAAGCUCGAACUGAUAGGAACAUUACAUUAAUGGUGUUACGGGAAUCGCCGUGGUUCCAGGUUCCUUAUCCCGGCAAAUUCGGAAUGCCACGAUUCAAUACGGGUUUGUGCCUUGGAUUUGUUGCGUCGUGUCUUUCAAGUGUUAUCGAGAAUAUUGGCUCAUAUACUUUGUUGGCUCGAGUCUCACGACAAAGGUCACCGCCAAAGAAUACUGUGAAUCGUGCCAUUAUGACUGAAGGUGAACGUUUGUACCAUUUCAAGCCUAUUAUUUCAAGGUAG